AUGACACUGGGGAAACUUCCAACCGAGAUACUUCUCUUGCUCGCGUUCUAUGUUGACUCUGAGGCGGAUCUCUUUUUUCUCGCUCAAAUCCACCCUCACUGGUACGAAACACUCAUUCAUUGCUUCUAUCGACGGAAUCCGCAAUGUUACAACGGAUCCGCCCUUUACGCCGCGGCUCAGAAAGGAAAUAUUUUAGCUUUCAAGAGAUCACUCCUAGCUUGGACAGACGUCACGCAGUCCCCCGAGCUUCCAAUUCGGGGUCAAUACACGCCUCUAUUCACAGCGGCGCAUCAUGGCCACCGGGAACGGACGGCAUUGUAUGGUGCUAGCAUCCGUGGGCAUAUACAUGUGGUAGAGGCACUUGUGGCUCACGAGCAGAUUGACGUCGACGCGUAUGACUCGGAUGGCUAUACUCCGAUCUCAGUCGCCGCACGGAAUGGCCAUGUCGAGGUCGUGAAGAUGUUGCUUGCCCGUGGCGCCAACCCCGGGCUAGUGCGAAGGAAGAAUUCUCAGGUUACAACUCUCCAUAGCGCGGUGGAGAGACAAAAGCCUGAAUUGGUUCGUCUACUCGUCAAUCGUGAAAACGUGGAUCCAAAUGCACUACAUGCAAAGUCAACUCCCUUGGAAUUAGCCGUUGACCGAAAUAAUGAAGAACUCGUUGAGACUUUGCUCACUGAUCCGAGAGUGGACCCUGAUCUCACGGGUCAUUGUAACGUCCAGAAACUCCUUCUACGGGCAACGUUGAGAAUUAACGCGGCAAUAGUCAGAAUGCUGCUUGCUACCAGGGGAAAUAAUGUUUACAAAGAUCAGACGGGUUUUCCGCCCGCCAUGUUGCUUGAAGUAAGCGCGGAGGCUCGGGAGAAUCUCAUUCGCGAGCGGAGGUGGCCUGGCUCAAAGUCUCUCAGUGGGCCCGAAAAUACUGUAGAAUUGAUCAACGCCAGAGAGUCUCUGUCACAGCUUUUAUCGCAGAUAGAGAUAUUGGAUUCAUACAUCUGA